ACAUCAACCACUCCAGAUGUCCCAAAACCCCCCCUCACCAAACCACCCAUAACCUCCAAAACCCUCCCAAAUCUCCCCCGGUUAUAACCGUAAUUCCAAACCUCACCUUCAAAAAUCCAUGGAAUCCACCACCCGGCCCUGGCCGACCAAAAUCUCGUCUUCUCCCAUUAAUAAUUUAAGGAAGAAAGAGAGCUUCCUCAUAAGUUUCGGUGGCUUUUUUUUGGUUGGAGGAGAUGGCGAGGGCGUACAGGGGGGAGGAUGACUACGAUUACCUCUUCAAGGUGGUGCUGAUCGGGGACUCCGGGGUGGGGAAGACCAACUUGCUGUCGAGGUUCACGAGAAACGAGUUCAGCCUCGAGUCCAAGUCGACCAUCGGGGUGGAUUUCGCCACCAGGAGCUUGACCGUGGACAACAAGGUCAUCAAAGCCCAGAUUUGGGACACCGCGGGCCAGGAAAGGUACCGUGCCAUCACCAGUGCUUACUACCGAGGAGCUGUAGGUGCACUACUCGUCUAUGAUGUUACCCGGCAUACUACAUUCGAGAACGUCAAUCGUUGGCUAAAGGAAAUGAGAGACCACUCAGAUCCCAGUGUGGUUGUCAUGCUUAUUGGUAACAAGUCAGACCUUCGCCACCUUGUUGCAGUUUCAACCGAAGAUGGAAAGGCUUGUGCUGAGAGGGAAUCACUCUAUUUCAUGGAGACUUCAGCACUAGAAUCGACAAAUGUGGAUAAUGCUUUUUCAGAGAUUCUGACUCAGAUUCAUCAAAUUGUGAGCAAGAAGACCCUUGAGGCAGGUGAUGAUGCAGCAUCUGCUUUCCCCAGCAAAGGAGAGAGAAUAGAUGUGAAAGAUGAUGUUUCUGCACUGAAGAGAUCUGGUUGCUGCUCGGGUUAGGCAAGGGUGAUGCUGUGCGAUGUUUAGUUUCUUUAUCUUGUGCAUGUUAUGGAUUUCAUGCAACUUUUUCCAUGGUGGAUUUUGGACCACCAUUUUGUGGGACUGAUGUGCUUGAAAUUGAAUACAUCAAGAUUUGUUACAUUUAAUACUUGGAUUCUUAACUCAUAAAGAAAUACAUUUCCAGAUUCUGCUGUCACAA